UGCAGCAACACAUUAAAGCAGCUGUUGCGAGAAUCAAGAGGUAUCAUGAAUUCAACAAAUGAGACAGGACCACCCUGCACGGAGGCAAUAUGUAUUUUCUACACUACAGUGAAUGUGAUCAUCUUCAUUCUGGGUGUCGCUGGAAAUGGUUUGGUGAUCUGGAUUACAGGAUUUAAAGUGAAGAAAUCAGUUGUCACCACCUGGUACCUGAGUCUGGCUGUGUCGGACUUCCUGUUCUGCUUCUUUCUGCCCUUCAGUGUCUACAUUAUCAAUAAUGACUUGGACUUCGGACGCUUCAUGUACAAGUUUGUUUUGUUCAACAUGUUCUUUAAUUGGUUUAACAGCAUCUUCCUGUUCAUCAUCAUCAGUGUGGACCGUUGUGUGGUCGUUAUGUUUCCAGUGUGGGCUCGGAACAAGCGCACCAUAAGAAAGGCCUGUGUGAUAAUAAUACUAGCUUGGAUCAUCUCAGCUGCAUAUUGCUUGCCAUCAGCAAUUUCCCUAGAAGUUCAGCAUCAUAACCAGAAGACAAAAUUCUUUUACAAAUUAAAUUACAUUUACCCAAAAAAUUCACACUACAUUGCUGAUGUGACACUUGACUUCACUAUUGGAUUUGUGAUCCCGUUCCUCAUCAUUGUCAUCUGUUAUGUUUUCAUCAUGCAAAAGUUGAAGUCCAGCCAGAUAGCGAGGUCCAAAAAGCCAUUCAAGGUCAUGACUCUGCUGAUUGCUACUUUUUUUAUCUGCUGGCUCCCAUAUCACAUUUUUGCUUUUAUAGAACUAAACAACAAAAUAUCUGUAAAUUUUUUCAAUUCAGGAUCAACAAUUGCCCUCAUCCUUGCCAAUGUCAGCAGUUGUCUGAACCCGUUUCUUUAUGCUUUCAUGGGGAAAGAUGUUAAAAUGCAAUGCUACUCACUUCUGUUGAAGAUUGAGAAUGCAGUUGAGGAGGAGGGCUUGUACACUACACAAGGGCUACCAGCUACCCACUCUCAGGAAAGUAAACCUUCAACGACUAUUGAAAGUGUUCAGUAAAGACUUGCAUUAUUUUUAAAAAUUAAUUUCAGAUGUAUUUUCUUCUCCUAUUCAAGCAAAAGUGCCUAAAAUGGUAUUUUAUCACUAAAUAUUUUUUGUUUUUCUUACUUAUGACGUAUGAUUUAGAAUUACUUGUA